AUGUCGACGCUUGUUGACCUUUUUCGUGAAGCAGCGAACGGAAAGCACCGCGAUAAUAUUGUUGUUUGCGAUAGUGAACGCGAACUGAGUCUAAAAGAAUUGGAUUCCUUAUCUGAACAAAUCGCGAAAUAUUUCGUCCAAAAAUUCCACGCUAAGAAAGGAAAUGGAAUUGCGAUUUAUAUGGAUAAAUGCGCUAAUUAUGUGUUAGCAUAUGUUGCAGCGCUUAAAGCAGGCAUGUUUCUUUUUUCUCAUAUUCUCAUGUUAGAACGUUGUGCGUAUAUUCCAAUUGACGUAUCUUAUCCAGAAAGCUUGUUGAGGGAUAUUUUAAAGGAAGUAUCACCAGCUGUAGUUUGUACUACGGAAAAAUACCUCAAAAAUCUUCCAGAGGGAAUACCGAUUUAUACUUUCACUCCGAUUAAUUCGUCAUAUGAAAACAUUCAACUGCCAAAAGUCGAGCCGCAUGAUCGUGCAUACAUUGUUUAUAGUUCAGGAACAACGGGUAAACCGAAAGGUAUAAUUUGUCCUCAUCGUGGUGCUGUCGUAUCGUACCAAUUCCGUUUCUCAACUUAUCCUUAUGGAGAUGAUGAACGAGAGGCUUGUAACGUGUUCUUUGUUUGGGAAAUGUUUAGGCCUAUACUUAAAGGUAUUCCAAUGUAUAUAAUUCCUGAUAGCGUUAUAUAUGAUCCACAGAGUCUGUGCGAAUACUUAUCAGAAAAACUCAUAACUCGUAUGUUAUUUACUCCAUCGCUAUUAGAGACAAUUCUUGACACUCAAUCAGAUCAUUUCGUCAAAAAAAGUUUUCGCAGCUUCAGAACGAUAAUUCUUUGUGGUGAAGUGGUAACCAUGAAAUUACUUGACCGGAUCAAGAAACUUCUCCGUAACGUACAAAUUUUAAAUUUAUACAGCGUAUCAGAAUGUCACGAUGUUUCUUACGCAGAUUUGACAAAUUACACAGUUGCGUUAGAGGAACGAAAAUAUGUGCCCGUUGGUACUCUGAUUCCUGGUGUCAAAGUUGCUGUCUUUAAUGGGAAUCUUGAAAUGGUUCCAAAUGGUAUUAAUGGCGAGAUUUUUGUUGCUGGGCCAACUUUAGCGAUUGGAUAUGUUAAUCGACCAGAAUUGGAUCGGAUAAGAUUUAUGACUGUUCCCGAACAGUUUCAGCCUGAAUUGGGGGAGAGGAUGUAUCGAACUGGUGACUGGGGAUAUCUGCUACCGAAUUCCGGUCUAGAAAUUUGUGGUCGAUGCGAUUCACUUGUUAAGAUAAGAGGAUACAGCGUUGAAAUAAAGGCAAUUGAAUCCAAUUUGAACGAAUUAUCUUAUAUUGCCUCUUGUGCUGUGAUUAGUAUUGGUGCUGAAGGCGAUGAUAAAAAACUGGCUGCUUAUGUUGUUUUGAAAGAAACGGUAUCCAGAAAGAAAAUUCGUGCCGAUUUGAAACAGCGCUUACCUUUUUAUAUGAUACCGAGCUUUUUCGUAUUUCUAGACAAAAUUCCUGUCCUACCAUCAUCGUCGAAAGUCGAUAAGAAAGGUCUUCCACCAAUUAACCCAGAAGCAGACGUCAUUGAAGCCGAUUCAUUACCACAGACGCCAACUGAAAUUCGUUUGGCAAAACUGUGGGCCGAAAUUUUGUCACGAUCUGACAUUGACAUACAGGAAAGCUUCUUUGAUCUUGGCGGGCAUUCGUUGAUGGCAUCUCGAUUGUUGGGAAAAAUUCAACGAGAAUUUGGAGUUGAAUUUGCGAUGAAUGAUCUAUUUGCAAUGCCAACUGUCUCAGCGAUGGCUCGUUGCAUCGAUGACAGCGAACUGAAGCAUCGUGGACAAAAAAGAAAUCUUGCUAAGGCAGUCGAGAUUCAUGAUUUCAAAUACCAAAUAAUGGAUUUACAUCUAAGAGCAUUUUGGCGAUCUGUAGGUUGGACAAAUCGCUAUUACAAUGGAUUAAUAUUGCUUACGGGCGUGACAGAUGUUGUACUUCUUCGUCUUGGUUUGUCGGAAGAGGAUUAUACUUUCCUUUCACAUGAUGUUGAUACCGUGAUACAUGCGGCUGCAUAUGUUAAUCUUAUAUAUCCAUAUGAAGUAAGAUCUAAUACCGUAUUUAAAGCUCUACAAGGUGUUAAUGUACUUGGAACUAGAAAUCUUCUCGACUUUUGCCACAGAAAUAAAAUUAAAAUCCUACAUUAUCUGAGUACCGAUGCCGUAAUUCCGGAAGAUUUGGAUUACGCUGAUGAGGAUAUUGACAGUAACAGUUGUGAUAUUGAUGAUAGAUUAUGCGGUGGGUAUGCGGAAACAAAAUGGGUUGCUGAAAAGCUUGUACAGAGGGCUGAAUCUAGAGGAUUGCCUACAAUUAUUUAUCGACUUGGAAAUCAAGCUGCAUCAAUGCUAACCGGAAAAUGGAACAGUCUUGAUUUUAUCUAUUUAAUGCUAAUCAGCACGAUUCGAUUAAAAGUUUCGCCAAAAAUUGAUUGGAUGAUGGAAAUGACACCGGUGGACUUCAGCUCGUCUUUUAUUGCAAGAAUGGCUACUGAAAGAUUUAAAUCGGGAAUCGGAAAAAUUUUUCACUUAAUUAAUAGUAAUGCAUUAAGUUGGAACCAAGUCAUUGAGUGGAUGCGCAAAUUUGGAAUCGCUAUCGAAAUUGUCUCAUUUAACAACUGGAUUCAAUUAGUAAGUGAUGAUCCGGCACCUGAAUCUCAGCAAUUAAAAAAGCUUAUUGAUGGAAUGAUAAGAGAUGAAACAUAUUUUGCUGCUUCGACGAUUUAUCGACGAACAAAUACGGAUCGCGAAUUGAAAGAAAUCAAUUGUACUUAUCCGAUUAUAAAUGAGACUUUGUUUCGAUACUGGCUAGAAAUUCUAGUUGAUAAAAAACUUAUCAAAACUCCAGGGCUGAGCCUUGAUAUGGAGGGUAAAGUUUGCAUAAUUACUGGUGCAAGCGAAGGUAUAGGAGCUGCAAUUGCAACAGAACUUGCUCUAAAAGGUCAACUACGUGUAGUUUUAGUUGCAAGGCAGACUCAAAAGUUGGAAGAACUGGCAAAAAAAUUGAAAUCGAAGGGAUGCCAUGCUUCCAAUAUUUUAAUCACCAAAUGUGAUAUAACAUCAAUUUCGGAUGUCGAGAAUAUGGUCGAUUGUACUCUGAAAACCUUUGGUAACAUCGAUGUUUUAGUGAAUUGUGCAGGUUGCAUGUAUUAUCAGCUAAUGAAAAAUGGUGGAAAAGAGGAAUGGGACAGGCAAAUUGAUGUGAAUUGUCGUGGGACGACCUACUGUAUCGGAACUGGUUUCGCUGGUUUAGCUGUCUAUUCUGGAUCGAAAUUUUAUAUAGAAGGUAUGACACAGGCUCUACGUCAAGAAGUCCUUGAAUAUGGCAUAAGAAUCACUAAUAUCCAACCUGGAGAUGUGGCGACUCGACUUGCAAGUCGAUCAAUCGACCAAGAGGCUCGCACAAAAUACGAUUUUUCAAUGGCCGGUCAUCGAAUUCUCGACACUAAGGAUAUUGCUUCGACAGUUUUAUUUGUGAUAAGCCAACAACCACAUGUUGCUAUUAAUGAAAUAUUAAUUGAACCUCAAGCUGCGCCAAUUUAA